GUAUUCCAACUACCCGAGGCUGUGUGUCGUACUAAUUUCAGAUUUUUUUAUAACCAUCAACAUCCAAACCUCUAAUUCUAAAAACAUGUACACGCCAAUUCUUAAUUCACUAUGUUAAAUUGUAAACAUAUAAUGUAAUUAUAUUUUUUGAAGUAAUUCUGCUGCAUUUGAUAUCUCAACAAGGAUUUCCUCAAUCAGUUAGGGAACCCUAACAAUACACUUCGAAGAAGCAGUUUAUGUCAGCGUUAGUUUAUCAGACAAUUCAACGGCGUCGACAUGUCUGCCAAUGAGAAGAAACUGUCUCCGGAAGAAGAACCAUUGAAGGAAGAUGCAGCAAAAAAAACAAAAAAGACGUUAUCUGAACACAUCAGAUACAUCAAAACUAAUAUAACGGUGGAACCUGUAUUAGCCGGCUUAAUUAUACCAUCAAUGCUUUCAAGAUUAGCGAUCCAAAAUCUCAACUUAGACAAAGCUUGCAGAGUAAAACUGGAUUUGGGAGACGAAAUUUGUGAUGCUUUAGUUGAAAAAAGAGAUAAUUAUAGCCUAUCCCAUUACGAAGGAGAUGUUCAAAGGAUUAUAUCUGAAAUCGAAUCAUGGAGGAGCAUCAUACAGACAGCUAUACCAACGUUGCUUGUAAUAUUUAUGGGGGCUUGGAGUGAUAGAACGGGGAAUAGAAAACUGUGCAUUCUGAUGCCAUUAUUUGGAGAAUUGUUUGUAGCUUUGAGUAAUAUUUUAAGUACUUUUUACUUUAGGGAAGUGUCUGUUGAAGUUACUAUGUUUUUGGAGUCUAUAUUUCCAGCAAUCACUGGAGGUUGGGUGAUGGUGUAUCUAGGAGUAUUCAGUUACAUCAGUGAUAUAACAACAGAAGAGUCAAGAACUUUUAGAGUGGGCCUAGCGAAUUUGUGUAUGACAGCCGGAGUACCUUUAGGAACGGCACUGAGUGGAAUUUUGUUAAAAUUGUGGGGUUAUUAUGGAAUUUUCUUUUUGUCAAGUGUUAUCUAUAUAGCAAAUAUAAUAUAUGCCCUAAAACGGUUAAAGAGUAAUUCGAAACCUAGUACUACUGAUACUGAAAAGAAAAACCCGCCGACAUUUAAAGAUUUGACAAGUAUGGUCAAAGAAACCAUAGCAGUCGCAUUCAAAAAGAGAGAAGGAAAUUUCAGAAAGAAAAUUAUAGUGACAUUGGCGAUUGUUACAAUUAUAUACGGACCUAAUCACGGUGAAAGAAUAAUAACUUACAUGUACGUGAGAUACCGUUUGAGAUGGGAUGCUUUGAAAUACAGUAUGUAUUCCACUUAUAGCAUAAUUAUGCAUUCUAUAGGAGCAUUGUUUUCAAUCAGCGUGUUCAGCAAGCGCCUGGGUUACCACGAUUCUAAUCUUUGCCUGAUCUCCGUUGUCAGUAAGCUGGUCGGGUCGGUUUAUAUCGCGUUCGUACAGACGGACGUACAAAUGUAUCUGGUGCCUAUAGUGGAAAUCCUAAAUGCCACUACGUUCACUUCAUUGAGGUCGUUAGCUUCAAAACUGGUUCCAAACGAAGAGUCAGGCAAGAUGAACUCGCUGUUCAGUUUGGUGGAGACGCUUGGAGCCUUGAUGUUUGACCCUACAUACUCCACGAUCUACUCACACACCGUCAACAAAUUCACAGGAACAGUCUACAUCUUUAGCGCAGUGAUGACUUUACCAGUUAUCGCAAUGUUAAUGUGGAUACUAUUUGUAGACUAUAGACAGAGACAUCAAUCUGUUCAAAACAGCCAAGAAGACGUGGAAAUUAAGAAAAACGAAGAGUUGACAGAGAAGAACAAUUAGCAGGUCACAUGGAAAUAAAUUCAGUGAAGUUGUCAGUUUGUAUUCAAAAGAUAAUUAAAUUCUAUCAUUCAAGUUGGCGAGACCAUACAAGAAACGCCAGCGCAGCCCUGGAUAGAGAAAAGUAACUCUUGGGGGUUAUAAACAUUAAAAUAUUCAUAAUAAAGAAUGAUGUCCCGCAUAUGUUGAUUUCUAGUCGAAUCCUGGAUCUUUGGAAAAAGAUGAUGCGAGCAAACUUAGUAGUUUUUUUGGUAAUACAAGUAGUUUCGUUAGUACGAAACUAAUUGUGUUACCAAAAUAUCAUUUUAUAAAUGACGGUCCAGCAGCUAUGAAUGGUCUGACGGCUUUAUGCCGAAGACUGUGCGAAGUGGAUGUGGUUGUGCUUAGCUAUUGACUAUAUUGUGCACAUUGACGAAUAUAUUAAAUAAUUAGUUCUAUAUUUGUUUUAUAUAUAAGAAGUAAUUUGUUCCGUUUUGAUUUUCAUAAAAUAUGAUUUCGAAUGGAGAUGAAGAAGUAUGAAAGCGGAUCCUGGCCUUCACGUAAUAGCUUACACAUUAGUGAACAUAAACUGUCGAUAAUUCCACCAUUAAGCCUGUUGUUAAAGUCGUCAAGAGUUGUAAGGGUAACAGCUAAACGAGAACUCACUACUCUUUGUUCAGUGUACCCCAUAAGAAUGAAGACGUUAUACAGUUUAGCGUGUGUGUCAGUUUAGCUCUUUCUACCCUCCUAUGAAUAAGAACGUGAUCUGCAUCUAUCAUGUGAGGAGAGGUAUCUAGCGCCUGAUGACAAUAACAAUAAAACUUCUAUUGACUAGUUGAGUGACACCGGAAGGGUUCAAAUAGCAGGAUACAUCCCAGACUCACGUAAGCGGUGUCGUGUCUACAUACUUAUAUAUCUAUGUAACACUACCAGCAUCACAAGGUUUUUAAUCUACACUAUAAAAUAGUAUAAGUAAUUACUCAAUAAAUAUAAUAAUAAUAAAUGCAAAUAUUCAAUUUACCAUAAUUGUUUAUUAAAUUAGAUUCCAAUAGUUAAAUUAUAGCCUUAUUAUAAAUCGUAUACAGCGGAUUCCAUAGACACGGCCUGACCACCUACUAAAAUGCAAUUUCACGAACACAUACAGCCCACGGGCCAUGGUUUGACACCUGAGCUAGACCACAGAUUAUAUAUACUUCCAAUGUGUCCAAUCCAUAGGGAUCUAUGUGAAAGUAGGCAAGACAAGGAAACCACAAAUCAAAUUUAGAAAGUCACGUGUGUUUCAAUGCACGUUUUUUAAAUAUUUUCAUAAAUGUAAACAAUGUAGUAAAUACUAUUCUUAAUUGUAUAAAUAACAAUGGCAGAAAUAAUUUUAUCGUCACUAUCAAUAAAUUAAUUCCUGCAUCGAUAAUCGCUUAUUAUUCUA